AGUCACUUAUUUGAUUAAGAAGAAAUAAGAAUAUAAAGUAGUGCAAGAUGAUAACAUAAAAUAUAUGUGUGUGUAAAAGAAGCGUAAUAUAAAUUUGAAGAUAUUUAAAGAACAUAAUUAGAAAAAAAAGGAAGAUCGAUGUAUGUUAUUAAUAGAUCUUCAUGAUAUUGAGCAUCAUUCAUUCAAUGAAAUAGUGAGAUCUUUUUUAAUAAUCAUCUUUAGGCAGAAGAGAAAAGACAGAACACGGAUAGACAAUGAUAAGGUUAUAUCAGUGUACGUUUUAUCAAAUUUGACAUAAAUUCAGCGUAUUAAUAAUACGAAAAUUAUAAUUUGAACGAAAUAAAUUGAGAGAAGAAAAUCAAGCGCGACGAAAUUAUUGAAAACUAUAUUUCAAUCGGUAUGCCGUGGGGUCAUAAAAAUGUGAUAUUCGCGAGAAUUGGUUCUGCCCUAUUUUACGGGUUGUCUUCAUUUAUGAUCACAGUUGUAAAUAAGACUGUACUAACGUCAUUUGAAUUUCCUUCGUUUCAAUUGCUUGGCAUAGGACAAAUGGUGGCUACUAUCGUAUUACUUUUCACAGCAAAAAAGUUGCGGUACAUUGAGUUUCCUAACCUAGAACGAGCAACGUGUAUCAAGAUAUGGCCAUUGCCCAUCAUUUACAUCGGUAACAUGAUAUUUGGAUUAGGUGGUACUAAACAACUUAGCCUUCCAAUGUUUACCGCCCUUAGACGAUUUAGUAUCCUUAUGACGAUGAUCGCCGAAUAUUAUAUUCUCGGAAUAAAAGCGCGUAUUUCUGUUCAAUUGAGUGUAUAUACAAUGAUUCUCGGAGCUGUAGUAGCGGCAUUAAACGAUCUUGCUUUUAAUGCGGAGGGCUAUCUUUUUAUCCUAUUAAACGACUUUUUCACGGCCGCCAAUGGUGUCUACAUGAAGAAGAAAUUGGAUUCAAAAGAACUAGGAAAAUACGGACUAAUGUAUUAUAAUUCAUUAUUUAUGAUUGUCCCAGCGAUUAGUAUUGCGUGUUGGAUGGAAGAUAUACAUUCAAUCUUAGAAUUUCCAUAUUGGGAUAAUGUGUUUUUUCUUGUACAGUUUGGACUUUCAUGUAUUAUGGGUUUUGUACUAUCCUAUAGCAUGAUUCUUUGUACACUUUAUAAUUCUGCGUUAACUACUACAAUAAUUGGAUGUUUAAAAAAUAUAUGUGUUACAUAUCUUGGAAUGAUAAUUGGUGUUUCAGGCUGGCUAGUUCGAAGAUUUUACAACAGCGAUGUCUCAUCAUCAUUCACAACGGAUUACGCGAAACAUCGUAUAUCUCUGUCAACGGUACAACGCGCGAUUUUGACGGUUGGUGCUGCUGCGAUAUCACUUUUCAAUCCUUAUCGAGGUGACAUGAUCGCAUGCUUGGCAGAAACAACCGGUACUGAUGCUCUUUCCUAUUGUCAUCGGCAAAUGCUUGCAACCUCCGAGGGAUGUCGCAUUCUUGCCGAAAAACCACGCAUAUCCUCUUCAACAGUUGAUUUUUCCGCGCUAAAACGAUUACCAGCAGGAACUCUUGGAAAAAUUUAUUACGAUUUCUUGGAAGUAAAUAAUGUAUCUCCCGAUUCUAGAACUAUGGUCAAAUUCGUCCAAGAUACUGAAUUGGCAUAUGUAAUGCAACGAUAUCGAGAAACACAUGAUAUUUAUCAUGCAAUACUUUUGAUGCCAACUACAAUGCUCGGGGAAGUAUCAGUUAAAUGGAUAGAAGCAUUGCAAUUACGUUUGCCAAUGUGUUUAAACGGAGCGAUAUUUGGAGCAUUUCGAUUGCGUCCAAGACAAAGAAAAUUAUAUCUUGAUCAUUAUCUUCCAUGGGCUAUUAAUACAGGAAUUAAAGCAAAAUUUCUUUUGGGUAUCUAUUUCGAGGAACGUUGGGAACAACCUCUUGUUGAUUUCCAUCGAGAAUUAAACAUCGUUCCUUUAAUAUCGAUGGAAAAUACUUAUAAUGAUAUGUAAAAUUUUUUCUCAAACGCUUUUUUCUCCGUUAUUAUGAUAGCAAGAAUAGAAGUUAUUAGGUAGUAUAUAACAAUUUUUUUAUUCACCGUAACGUUGGAAAUAUGAAGAAUAUAAUUUUUAAUGGAAUACGUAUGAUUUGUAUUACAAAUAUUUCGAUCGCUAUAAUCAGAAAUUUUAAAAAAUUUAUGUUCCUGUGUAUAUAUAUAUAGUGCAUAUACGCGCAAUACGAUGAAAAGUUGAUUCAUUUACAAGCAAUCAACAAUCUGACUAGCAUCAUAUGGACAUAAUAUCCUAGUUUUCGCAAAUGACCAAACAUCGGCACGACAACUACGUUUACCCUGAAAAACAGAAAAAAAAGAAAAUGGAUGCAAUAUAUAGAAACUAGAGGAAUAUGUAUCUGAAGAACAAAGGAACAAAUAUAUAUAUAAUAUUAUAUAAUAUUAAAAAAGAAAUAGGAAUGCUAAAUAAUAUUUACCAAUAAAAUUGCUUCCCAUGCCAUCCAACGAAGAGGAAUUUUUAUAUUAUGUUCAUCGAUGAAAUAGUGAUGAUCAUAUUUAUUACAAUAUAUAGCAUGAUCGGAUAUUUUUAUUUUCAAAUCGAGACAAACGAUGCAAUUUCUAAAAUUUAUAUUGAUGUUAAAUUAAUUUGUUUUCUUUUAUUUUAUUUUUUAUAAAUAUUUAUAUUACCUAGCCGCUAAAUCACAAUGUGCAAUAUUCAUGGAUUCCAGAUAUUUCAUACCAGAUGCAAUUUGGAUAAUAAAACUUAAACGGCUGCCAUAGCUGCGAAGAAUAGACACGAAUUGAGAUACGAAGAAAUGACAUCUUAAUACAUCAUUAAGGUAUUUUUUUCACCUAAUAUCUUCUUUGUUAUCCAAAUUUUCACGGUUUUCUAAAAAAGUAGGAAGAUCUCCAAAUUGACCGUACUCGAAUAUAGCUCCGAAUGGUUCUUCUUCUACUAAAGCUAUCAUCUUCGCUAUGUUCGAAUUUUGAAGCAUUGCCAAAACGUGCAUAUCUUUUGUGAAAUCCAAUCUAAAUACAUACAAAUAUUUUUACUAGAAAUGCAAUUAUAUUUUGGAAUUAACAUACCUUAAGGAAUCUACAACUCCCCGCCAAAGAGAUCUAACAAUUACAAUUUGUCGAUUUUGAAUCGCUUCUAUUUCCGGAUUGGUAAUUCCUUUUGCUUCACAUAAAUGGACCUAUGUGGCCAAAUAUGUUUUUAAUUAUUUUAAUUUUUAAAAUAUAAUUUUUAAUUAUUAAAUUUUAUAUUUAUCAAUUAUA